CCUGUUCGUCUUGGUGCAGCCAGUGCAGCAGGAUGCCGGAGCCUUCCCGCUCCACUCCAGCCCCCAAGAAGGGUUCCAAAAAAGCCAUUACCAAGGCGCAGAAAAAGGACGGCAAAAAACGCAAACGGGGCCGCAAGGAGAGCUACUCCAUCUAUGUGUACAAGGUGCUGAAGCAGGUGCACCCCGACACUGGCAUCUCGUCUAAGGCCAUGGGCAUCAUGAACUCGUUCGUCAACGAUAUUUUCGAGCGCAUCGCCAGCGAGGCCUCCCGCCUGGCGCAUUACAACAAGCGCUCGACCAUCACGUCCCGCGAGGUGCAGACGGCCGUGCGUCUGCUGCUGCCCGGGGAGCUGGCUAAACACGCUGUGUCCGAGGGCACCAAGGCUGUCACCAAGUACACCAGCUCCAAGUGAGGCGCUGCGCGGGCGUCCCCAACCCAAAGGCUCUUUUCAGAGCCACCUUCCAAUCUCAAAAAAGGAGCGUGCUACCUGGUGUGAUAAAGAACUGUCAUUCAUUUGAUGUGCAUUGGGAUGGGGAUUGUACUGGACAUUGGGAC